CGUGCGCACGCGACCAGCAUCCGCGUCAAAAUGGUGGGUGUUCGAUUUUUCACUCAUAUAGACCAAGUGCGGCGUUUGCUGGCGUCAGUGUUCAUUCGUAUCCCGAUCGUGCACCGUGUUUAUUCUUUUUACACCUACGUUCGUUAGUAUUUAAAAAGUCUCUGUUAUUGUUACCCCGUACACCCAAGACCUAUAUAAUAACCUAUCGCAAAUCUAUAAGAAUUUGAAGUUUCGUACGCGUAGACUAUUUUUUUUACAUAAAUGGCACAUAACAGUGGCGUCAAGCGAGACAUCCCUAUCAAAUUGGGCGAAUUCAGCGUGAUCGACUCCGAAUUCUGCAACAUCCGCGAACGUUUCGACGCUGAGAUGCGAAAGAUGGAAGACGAGAUGACCAAGUUCCGUUCCGAACUCAUGAACAGAGAGUCGAACUUUUUUAAAACCACGUCCAAGUGAGUACCAAUCUACCUAUUAACUACAAUAAUAUUCAUUUUUAAGCGAUACGUUCAGGUUCCUAUAUAAUAAGAUUAUAUUGUAAUACAUAAUUAUACUUUCGUUACAUUCAAUCGUAAUAGGUAUAAUUAUUAACUAUAAUAUAUUAAUGACUUUGAUACGUAUUAAUUAUAACAUCAUAAUAAUAUACUAUUAAUAAUUAUCUAAUGAAUUAUUGUUUUUUUUUUUCUGUCGUACAAUAUUUUUGUUUUUUUAAAAAAAAGGACAUCACACGUGGAAGAAAAGUCCUUGUAAGUACAACACGAAUAAAUAAUAAUUAAUGAAAUUGGCAUGCCAAUUUUGCAUAUUAUUUUAUAUUUAUCUUAUAAAGCACCUGUAUAAUAAAGGAUUCAGGGCUUAAUCUAUAUAAUACACACACGUUUAGCUGUACGAAAUUUGCAUACGGCAAGUAUUUUAUAGUUUAGACGCACUUUUUUUUUUUUUUUUUUUUUAAUCAAUAUUUUAUACCUAUACGCACUUUUAUAACAUUAUUCCGAUGGGUCGUAAUAAAGAACUUUUUCAAAAUCAAAUAACAACCAGCACAUUCGCUAUCGAAUUUCGUUUCGUUAACGCAAUACUCUAUUUAUUAAUACUCGAUAGCGGACGCGAUAGUUUAUAAUCUCGGAGUAGAUUUCGGCCGUGCUAUAAACGUCAAUGCGAAUUAAAAACACGAAGCCAUUCGGUACAGAUUAGCAUCAUCACGAUAUGAACGGAUCGCAAUCGUCGCGUUUCAAUGAUUUCGAUUUAAGCGUUGUACCUAUCUACUUUACAACGCUGAUAUUAUUAUAUCCAAUGUCCUGUUUACGCAAUUUACCAUUUACGGGCAUUUGGCCCGCAUACCGGAUUUAAGAUAAUGGAUAUAGUGUUGCUUGCGCAGUACCGGAUUAGAACGCCUUUUUUUUUUUUUUUUUUAUCGGCUCUUUACAAUCCCGGACCUCUUACGAUUUUUAAAUCGGGCUCGUUGUACGCAAUACUGCUGCGGUUAGUGCCUGCAUAGCGUAUUUUUUACGCGUGUAAUUUGACGCGCGGUCGAAACGGCCGACAGUACACGACUCGGACGUCUACUCGGAUGAUUCCGGACAAUUCGCCGGUUUUGAGUGAUUCUAAACAAAACGAAAAGCACCGGCCGUCCGAUUUAACAGAUUACAGACGCGGAACUAUUGCCGCCCGGGUAUUAUAAACGCCGCGGUCUUCGGAACGGCGGAUAGAGCGCGGACAGCCGUAAUGGUAUAAACAAAAAAAACAAAAAAAAAUCGUGAAUCAUCGCGGACGUUGAUUGCGCUCAUCUGCCCGUUCUGCACGGUUUUACGUCGUAACAACAAUGGGAGGUCGUGAUGGGAAUAACAUUAUUCUCGUAUUAUAUUAUUGCGCCAUAAAACACAAUCAGAAAUAAUUAUUAUUGCGGAGAGGCAGCUGAUAUUCCGGCCGCCGCCGUACGCUGUUUACUCCCCUUGUUUGGUAACGGACACACUGUACUCUGCGCCGGUCGCAUUACACGCGCGAGCCCGUAAUAUUUCCCAAUGGCAAUAGAAACGUUUUGCAAAAGUGCGCCUACACAUACCUACCCGCCUACCUGCCUACCUGCCUAUCUGCCUGUCUGCCUACACAACGGCGGCGGUUCGAAUCGAAGAUUACCCGCGGUUUCGAAACGUUAAACGGCCGGACUCGUGCGUGGACCUAUUAGCGCGGAUACCGCGGUACAUAUUGGUAUCUGGUGCCGUCCGGUUCGGGGCGACCGCGUUUUCCGACGAGUUUGAACGUCGACGUCCGCGAAAGGCGAGACGCUAGUCGCGAUGUCACGACGAAAAAAAAAAAAAUGCAAAAUACGUCCGAUUCGUUUUGCAUACAUCGCGCACCGAAGGUUCGUUUUUUUUUUCUACGUACAAAACCCCGUUAGAGAAAAAUACGUUUCAUUACCGCGAUACUCGGUCCGAAAUAUUUAUGCGUACUAUGACUAGGUAGCUAUAAAAAAUAAUAUGCAUAAUAACUAUUGUCCCGCGACCUUUUAAACAUUUUUCGAUUUCGCGUGAUAACAUCAAAUAAACACAUAUGAUAUGUGCAUUUUUAAAAUUUUUUUAAUAUUUAUAUUAUAAUAAAAAAUAUUACACAAUGCUCCCGCAGGAGACUCGGUAUUUCUUUACCGGCUUUACAGCUAUAUUCGUUAUGGCGCAGUAAAUGUUUUGUUUUUUUUUCUUUUAGUUCGCCUUUUACAAAUAAAAUUUUAUAUUCUCGUAGCACACCUACAUAAUUGUUAUUGUUUCUGAAAAUGUCAAGUAUUUUGUUAUUAAGAACAGGCGGAUAAGUCUAUUGUAUAGGUAUGACCAAUGUUUAUGCAUUAUUGUUUUGAGGUUAAUUUAAAGUCCUUUGAAAUACCUUUUCGUGAUAUUUAAAGUUUUUCGAAACCAUGACCCGAAUAUAAAGUCGUAUAAUUAUGUACUCUGCGCGAAUACAUUACCUAUAUUGUUAACAUUACCUAUUUGAAAAAGUAAAUUACAACGAACAGAAUGUCUGCUUUGUUUUCUGGGCCCAGAUUAAUUUGAAUUCCGAUGUAAAAACAAUAUUAUUGUUGCGUUAAAAUGGCGUUUUUUUUUUCAAGUGGAUUUAGAUAAUUUCAGCUUUUCAUAUUUUAUUGCGGAUUGAGUAUUGGUAAAUUUAAAAAAAAAAGUUUCCUACCUCUCGAAAGUAUUCUCUCUCUCUCUCUAUUUAUUUAUUAAAUAUUGCUAAAUGAGAGAGCUAAAUGAAAUGUAGAGCGUAAUCAUAUUUACCGUAUAACAAACAACGGAAUACUAAAACAAAAUGUAAAUAGCGAACACUUGAACAGAUAAUAAUAAUUGUACAACUAUAAAAUAUGUAAUAAUAACAACUCUGUAUUCCGUCGGACUUAAAAUAAAACAAAAAAAAAAAAAAUAGUUGAACGUCGGUACUUUAAUUACUAUUACGUGUACGUUUCAUUAAUUAAUUUAAUACACCCGGUAUAAACCGCGGAAUAAUAUCGUAAAGUUUCAUAUUUUCGUGUUUUAACGGUAUAAUUUAUUAGCUAUACGUGCAAAUGUGACGUUUUCGCUAUCUGCAAUAAUUCAUGAUUGUUCCAAGUUUAAUUUAAACAAUUCGCGAACUCCUUGUAUUUCAUUAAAAAAAUUCCACUUGAAUUGCAUUUAUAAAUUUAUAUUCUAGUACCAAUAUCUACUCUACUAUUUUCGAUAGACACGAAAAUGAUAAUUGUUUUUACGUGUAUUAAAUUCCGAUAAAUAUAAUAUUAUAUUUUUUUUUAUUAAAAUCUUAACGAUUAUAGAGACAAGAACUUUACUAUAGUAAAAUACGUUACAUUAUAUUAUAGAAUUUACGGCUCUGUACGAAACAACAAAAUAAUUUUUGUUUACCCAUCAACCUCAGGGUAAUUUACACGUUUUUCCGUUUUUAAAUAACUAUUUUACGUUCGAAGGCGUUUGCUUUUCCGUUAGAUUGUACGUAAGGUGUCCUAUAUAGCCGCGCUUUUUACAAAUUAAAACAGACCGGGUUAUUUACGACACUGUCUACAUUUUAUUACUUAGGUUUUAUCACUUUAGAGAGGUCACAUUCGUCGUUAUAGUAUAUUUGUUUUUAUUAUGUAAAUCCAUUAUUAUUAUUUUUAAAAAAUUGAUUCGUUAAUUUAAUUAGAAGACGAACAGAAAAAAAAAAAUACACACAAAUAUUUAACCUUGUAGCGUAAUAGCCGUACACCAAAUUGAAAAAUAACAAAAUAUUUUCAGUGGGCGCAUUUAAAUUGACACUGCAGCAUACACGAACGAUGACAAAGGAAGUGCACGUUUUCGUUCGACCCACUCGCGCAUACCUAUUAUUUACAGUAUACCGAAACUAUUAAUCGCGGGGGUCUAAACACAUAAACGGUACCAAGGUAUAUACGGAUUGACGGUCGUACGAAAUUGCCGUCGUAUUAAAAGGAUUCUUUUUUUACUUUUUUUAUUUCUAUUCUAGAAUUGAAACGAAAUCGCGGGUAAUUUUCGCGGGCGCAAAAGUCCAAGGUUUCCCCGGCGGGGCGUAUAUUAAAUAAAUUGUCAAUGGAAAGAAAAAAAAUAGUUCUGUCCCGUUCGAUUAUUAUACCGUUUGUUGUUAUAUGCCGCACAACAAUCGGUACAAUCGGUGCAAUAACGAUUUAUUACUUUCUCGAACUCGGAAUUCGGUCGAUACCUACGCGAUCCCGAUUUAAAUUUACGACGAUCCGAAAUCACUUUAAUAAUUAUUAUUAUAAUGUGUUUACUCGUCGGCCGACCGUCGCCACCCUAAUCCAUUUACCGAUACGACGGUAAACCGCGUCGCCCAUCAUCAAUUUAAACACGGUUAAAGAUACCUAAAAGUAUAACAACGUUAAACGUAAUUAAAUCCAAUUAAACGCGUCUGUUUUAACGUGAAACACGAUUUUGUACUUAAGGUAACGUUUUGUUAUCUUUUGUUAUAUUAUUUUGUUAUCCCUUUUGUUUUAUUAUCAAUAUUGUUUUUUUUUUUUAAUUCUGAUUUACCUAUUUUUUAGAUUCUUAUUUUUUUAAACGUUAUUUUUUAAAACGUUUACGAUCUUUAAAUGACUAUUAUAAUUUAAAAUUGUGUUCGCGGUUUUCUGCGGGUGGUCGGCCAGGGGCCUAGAUCGAGAGUCCAGGACUAAAGUGGGAUUAUUUUGGUUUACGAGUUUGUAUAGCUUUGGUUGCUAAGCGAGUCAGGACAGACGAGGUAACUCACUGGUUUGUACGCUAAAGUUUUUGAUAGCCGAAGGACUUCUUCUCGGAGUGAAUGUAGUUGAGCUGUUGAGUUUCUUAGUUUUCGGUUUGUUACGUGGUAACGGGCGCCAGUCAUUACAAUAAGCAUUUGUACGGGUACCUAUAUGUAAGUACACUAUAAGGACUUGGACACACUUGAAAAAGAAACAACCAUCCAAUGACGACACACGAUUCGGUCGGAUUCGAUUUAAAUGUAGGUUAAUCAAGAUUUAAGCCUCUACGUCACUUUCUCUUCGGGUCUGCGAGAAGGAUUACCAAGAAUGGAGUUAGAACCGAGAGCGGAUAUAAGUGGGUUUUAGUGAUUAGUCGGAAACGUGUAUCAUGUAUCAAGAUUUUGGCAGUUUUUUUUCUCUAGUAUUUAUAUUUUUAAAUCCGUACGAAGAAUGCGGUGCGAAACAUCUGACCGGGGCGUUUGCAAUUAUACGAAAAAAGGGUUAUAGAUCGGAAAAUUUCAAUUUUAUUUUUAUUAUAGAUUUUUUGGUCCCAUCCCAUAGUUGGACAUGGUACGUCCAAACGGGAGACGUACCUGUUCUAGGUGUACAUAAUAUACAAAUACAGCACUUUUUAGAAUCGAGGAGUGCACCUAUUGAUUUUUUGCUAGUUAAGUAGGUUACCUUUUUUUCUUCUUUUUUUUUUUAGUUUUAUGUAGGUUAUACACGAGCUACCGCAAUGACACCGAAAACUUUUCGAUUUUAAUUUCGGAACUAAAUAAUUUUCUGUCGAGACGCCCACUUAUCGCAGCGAACAUGAAUAAAUCAAUCCGAGUAUAAAUCGUAUCCGUAGUAGGUAUUUAGGUGGGUGACAAUAAAUAAUAUUAUGUAGGCAUACACUGCACAUUUACUCCAUGCACUCCACCUACACAUUUUUUCGAGUAGAAACUGUAUUCCGUGAUAUUUAUUAAGGUUAUCUAUAAAUAUGAAAUUGUAACAGCUUAAAGCGGUAGUUUUUUAAAAUUACUCAGUAGUUAUUUUGUGAAUGGCCAGAAACUGCCCUAGGAUCGCAUAUAGAUAACGCAUUUUACGGUGCACCCGAUUUAUUAACGAUCGAACGAGAAAGGAUAAGUUCGAAAAUCGGAAAAUAGAUUGUGAAAAUAAGUAAACGUUUACAUAUCUUAGAACUUCGAACCAAAGUGCAAUAAAAUAUGGAAAGAAACAGUCGCUUAUCCACGGAUAAUUAAAAAUCACGAAUAAAAUAAGAAUACCUAAUCGAGAAACUCGAUUCAUUGGUCGAAAAGUCUUAGUGAUACACGUAUACUUACUAACAAUAUUCAUGGUGUAACGGUUAUGUUUUUCAUGUUUUUGUACAAAUACACCUACAUGUUGUUUUAUGCACGUUGUAUAAUAUUAUAUUACUUAUGUUUAAAUCACUUUAAAGCAUCUUGCAGUUUAUUUUUCUCGUAAGCAUGCGGUUUCGUAAUAGAUCUACUGUAGCGGUUCUAUUACGCUGUUUGCUUUUUUUUUUACCGGGUUAUUAUUAUUUUGUUUUUUAAUGAUUUUUAAUUUGCGAUUUUCAGCUCUCAAAACACAAUCACCUCGAACCACAGCGAACUACCACCAAGCCGAUUAUCGUCCGGCGCCGGCGCGCCCGGUGGUUGGGUGGAAAGCAUUAACUCGCCACUGAUCCAAGAGGACGGCGACAACAAAAUGUUAAAACUGCGGUUCGACGUCAGUCAAUACGAGCCCGAGGAAAUCGUCGUCAAGACCGUCGACAACAAACUAUUGGUACGUGUUGUAACGUUUACGGUAAACGUUUGAAUAAAUUUGUAUACGCGUAUAGGUACCUACAACAACAGUAAUGUUUCGAAACUCGUUAUUGUAAUAUACCUACUUAGCUAUGUAGCAGGUACCUCAUCGCAGAGGAAUAAUAAAAAAAAAAAAAAAAAAAAAAUAAAAAUAUAUGAAUAACGUACCAGCUAUACCAUAACCAUAAUAAUAACGAUAGUUUCUUCGUUCGAAACCGGUCUCACACUUACAAUUAUUAUUAUGUUACAUAUUUAGUUUUUUUUCGUACCGUAUGUGUGUUAUCAUAUACACUUACGUGUUAUUUUCUAUUAAUAAAACGUAUUAAACGCAAGUGUGUGUGUGUGCGCGCGCUGUGUGCAUAAUAUUAUAACGCGGCGGCGGCAGAAUAAAAAUAAUAAUAUUAUAAUAAAUAAUAAAAAAAAAAAAAAAAACCGGAAACGAAUUUUAUAAUGAAUGAGAUACGUAUCUUACAUACGUUUUUUCACAUAGAAAAAUAUCAUAUACUUACACAAAGGCGCUGCAGUUUAGUACCCACCUAGGUGUAAGGCAGUAUAAUAUAGGUAAUACCCACCUACGUAUAAACACAUGACGUAUCGAAAUAUAAUUAUCGCCGCAAGUUCGACACGGAUGACCGCGUAAGACCUUCGCACGUUUAACAUUAUGGGAGUCCUUGAUAUUUUUUAUAUUAUUUUAUAAAGUUUAAUAAAAAAAGUAUUUUAUAUAGCGCAUUUUUUUAAUCGUUAGGUAUGCGUCGCUGUAAAUCGGCCGAAACCUUGUAAAAUUCAAUAACAAAUUUGUCACGCUAAAUCGGGUGAAUUUGGAUUUGUAUUAAUAUAUAGGUAGUUUUAAAAAUUUUAAAUAUAUAUAUAUAUAAUAUGAUAUUAUUAUGUUAUACUUAUUUACACAUACACACACACACACACACUGCUCAGUCCACCUGUUUUUUCUCUCACAGAGGAGUGCCGUUUAUUUAGAUUUAAAAAAAAUGAAAAAAACACAUUAACACACACACACACACACACACACACGCACACACACCUACCAUACUUGAAAACGACCCACGCCUUAGUCGACCUUGUCUGCACUCGAUAAACUCCAUAAAUGGCUAUGAGCCUUCGUACCAUUGAUUUCGUGUGCAAGAUGCAAGUACUAGAUCGCUUUAAUAUAAUAUUAUUAUUAUUAUUAUCACCGCGUGACCUCCCAACGCGAAUUAUUAUAUUAAAGUUAUAUAUGCACUUAGGUAUAUUUUAAGACGAAUUCCAUUUAAGGGAUGUGUCGCGGACGGCCGGCAGAACGCGUCGUUUCAGUUUUAACAUUUCGCUCGUGUCCGCUCGUAUACGUUUGAAAGAUUAUUUAUUUUUAGGCGGGCCGGAACGCGUUAUUAUUCUAUAAUUGUAACUAUCCGGCGGUACGUUCUAAAGGGGUAAAUCGUUUAUUUUUAUGCGUUUUCAUAUUUUAAUUUUAGAUAUUCCCGGGUGGAUACGGGUCGGUGAACCGACGGGGGAACGUUCAAACUCCCGUGUAGAUAAUAUUAAAACGAUGAUGUUUUUUUUCUUUCUCUCUCUCUCUCGAAAAUAUACACUCGAUUACGGGACGAUAAUGCGAAUUACGCGAAAAUGUUGUUCCGGUCGGACGCUAUUAUUACCCGCACUGUUAUAGUGUAGUUGGGUAGCACACGGACGGCACUUUUGACCGCGGGUCGUCGCGAAAGAUCAAAAUUAACAACAACUGUCCGCUUUCCGAAUAGCGAAAUCUAUAGUACGUCUUGCGUAUGUCCAAAUAUCUUAUGAUAAAUAUAUUCGAUCGUUUUAUAUAAAUUGUUAAAAAUAAUGUUACGGACAACACGUUCUACGGUUACAAUACAAACGAUACAUAUUUUAAUAAUGAUAAUACAAAUGCGUGUAAACAUAAUUUUCUAUUGCGAGCGAGCCAUUGUUAUAAGUAAUAUGUAUUUGUGUACACGCUCCGGUGAUUUUAAAGAAAAGUCAUUGAACCAAUAAAGAUAUUCGACAAGAUUUUAAGGAAUAGAUUUAAUACGGUUAAAGCUGUACACCUAUAAUAGUAAACAUAUUUUAGUUAUACGCACUAUAGGCUAUAUUUUGCUUAAAAAACCGUUUAUCUUUUAAACGUUCUACGUUUUAACUAUACGCGCACCUUCAACACUUGUCGUUUAAUGUAUGAAACACGAUACCUAUAUAAUGCGACAUAGGUACCUAAUUUCGUAUCCAAAUCGCACCGAAACGGUUCCCUACUAUAGUUUCUCUAUGCAUUUGUAAGAAACUCAUUCAAAUACGAACAGUUACAUUACGUACAUUAUGUGUAAAACGAUGUAUAAUUUUCACUUGGUAUACCUACUAUUUUAAACGACUAUCGAGUCGAGGAGAUUGAUUAUCGUUCGUAAUUAUUAUUGUUGCGGUAUCCGAAGUCUGUACGUAAUGAUAAUACGGUAUAAUAUUAUAGAGGCGAUUAGUGUCUACGUCAAGUUCUUCUUGUCAGUCUGUUAUCGGGAAUAAUUGGAUCAUUCGGUUCCAAACGAGUCCCAUCAAAACACAUAUUAGGUAUAAUAUUGAAAUAUCGGUCGGUACUUACAAACUGAAAUUUCGUUCUAUUAUUGAAAAGGAAUAAUAAUACUCGAAUGAGAAUUCAGCAAUAAAAUACAAAUUUCCGAUUAGGAAGUUACUAUAGUAUUAAAGCCUUAAAGCCUUAGAAUGUAGAAUAUAAGAAUUUCUAACGUUACUUUACAUAACGUACAUUUUAAAUGUACAUUUUUAUUUGUUCGGAACCGAUAUCUUACUCGAUAACGGUCGUUUUCACAUAAUAUUUUAUGACGUCGCACUAAUCGCCUCUAUUGUAUUGGAAUAACACUGCGGGGCGCGCGUCCGCCUUUUGCUGUCGAAUGAUUAAUGAUAUUAUAUUGUUGUUCGUUCAGGUCCACGCCAAGCACGAGGAAAAGUCGGACUCCAAAUCGGUGUACAGAGAAUACAACCGGGAAUUUUUACUUCCGAAGGGCACCAAUCCGGAAGCCAUCAAAUCGUCUCUGAGCAAAGAUGGCGUGUUGACCGUAGAAGCACCGUUGCCGGCACUUGGAGGACCCGACAAAUUGAUUCCAAUCUCUCACCAUUGAAUAAUUUAAUAUUUCUGUUCUACCACCUUAGUGAUCCGUUUCUAGAACGCGUAAACACAUUCAAAAUAUGUUUAUUUUAAUAUUUUAAUUUAUUAAUUUUCGAGAAAAAAAAAACGUUGUUUUAAUUCCCUUCGGUUUGUUUCAUUAUAUUAUUAUAUUCUUUCUUUUUUUCUUUGUUAAAAAAAAAAAAAAAAAAACAUUUAUUUAUAUACAUAUAUACAUAUAUAUAUAUUUUUUUUAUUUAUAUAAACAGUGUUAAUACCUAUAUUACAGCAUUAUGUUAUAAUUUUGUAUACGCAUAUUAUAUUAUUGAGCUUACGACGAUCACACGUUGCACAGCUGUCAUGCCGACAAAUAAUAAUUAUUACGCUAGUUCCUACAAUGUUCUGUAAACGUACGAUGAAAAAUAUUUAUUUAUUUUUCUAUUAUUAUUAUUGUUCAGAUACGCGGAUUAUAACAUUAUUUAUACACGGAUUAAAAAUUGAAAUUUAUACUUAGUUAAAAACAGUAAAAAAUUCCAUACGAAAAUAAAAUAUUAAUAAGCGAAAUUAAUUGGCUAAUUUUUAUUAACUAAACAUACUUACCGUUCGGUUAUAAUUUAAGAAAACCGCAGAAAAAUUGUAUUUUAAUAAUAAUAGUUAUUAUUAAUAUAUUCCAUUUUUAAUAUUAUUAUUAUCUACACGUGAACUACUAAUAUAAAUUAUUUGCCCUUUUCGCGAUAUUAUAUAUUCUUUUUUUUUAUUUAAACGAAAAUGUCGAAAUGUCCUGAGAGAGAAAGCUCACAAAUAUUGUCUAAAAUUAUCACCAAAUGCCUCUGGAACAUAUUUAGAAUGGCCAACACCUCGGGCCUUGAUCGGUUUUUUGGACCGCGUUCAACGCCCAAUCUAGAUAGCAGCAAUAAAACCUCUGAGUGCACAAAACACGAAAAUAGAAUGUUUUUUAAGUGCUUUUAGCAUGAGUGUUCUUCUUUGUUCUUUCCCCCGGCCUAUAUUAUUAUUCGUUAAAAAAAAAAAAAGCCAUUUAAUUAUUUUUACGAUUGUUCACAAACGCCGAUAUUCCUCAAAGGCUCGUCUUAAUAAUAAUAUUGAUAAUUUGUGAACCAAUUAUUAUAAAUUGAAGAAAUUUAGUUAUAUACAAUACGAUGCCGUUGACGAAAAUAUACACAGUAUCUACUCGUAUUAAUUUUUGGAAUAGGCUUUUGAAUAACUUGGGUUGUGAACAAAUAUAAUGUAUUUCGACAAAUUACGAAGAACAAAUUGUUCCAAUCAAUUUUAAAAUCAAGAUAAUCCCGGUGCUUACUGAUUACGAUUUUUUCUACAAUUCACGAUAAGACUUUAACAAUGUUUUUAUUGAAGAAUCAGAAGCUUGCUACAAAAAGAAACUAUACAGGUAUUUAGUCAUUAAUGACGUGCACAGAUAUUUUCAAUGGGAACGGAUGUGGUAAAUAACACUCACGAUUUGUGAUUAAAUCGUACAAUUUUCUUUUCUUGUAACUAAUUCAAAAAUAAGAAUUCAAAAUUUGGAUUCAAAACAGCGGAUUUUUAGUCAAUUAAUAAAGUUUUUUUAUGAUAACUUGGCUGAAAAAUACAAUUUCAAGACAACAGCUGUGGCAUCCUCUUAUCACACUUUUUCUGUAAACUGUAAACCAGAAGUUACCCGCUAGUUUUUUUAGGGAUCCUAUAUUGAAACUUACCAAAUUUUCCGCAGUCUAGAAUACUAUUUUCAACUAUAUAUAAUACACUUAUAUACUGUAC